AUGGUUCGCUCUAUUGAUGAGGCUGACAAACCCGCAAAAAGGGGUAAGAAAGCGGAAACCCAAAAAGAGGCACAGGUUUCCAAACCCACCAAGGCGAAAACCCCUUUGAAGCGAAAGUCUGAUCGAGCUGUUACCUCUCCUCCCAAACCGAAGAAGCUGAAGAAGCCUGCUAGGAGGCUAAUACUACAAUCUUCCAGUGUCUCAGAUUCUGAGUAUGUUCCUCCCCAAGACAAGAUUGCUUCUCCUUCAGCAUCUGAGAGCGAAAGCUCUGAUGAAGAGUCUUCGGGCCGAGGUGAUACUCCACCUCGCUCCCCAACCCCAGAAAUUCUAGUUCGCUCUCAUCCUCCUUCACCUCCACCUGUAACCAUCCCUGUAUCUAUCCCUCCCAUUUUUCCCAUUCCAACUACUCUACCAUUCACUACAAUUCCCAUCCCUACUCCCAUUCCUUGCAGGAUGCUGCUGCUAAGAACGCUCAAGCUGUCAACGCUUCACUAG